AUGCCAACCAAGGCUGCCCAAGGCUGGAUUUUCAGUAUAUUAGUCUCUGGUUAUGCCCCUCGACGUGUCCCUUCCUUUCCUUCCAACACCGACCGCCUGUCCACAGCAUCGCUCACCGACAUUUUGCAUGGCUUGCCAGAGUGGAGUGGUCCAGUCGACGUUGAAUUUGACCGGAGGCCAUGUGGGGGUUGGGACUUGGGAGGCGACACCACACACGACGUUCCGUCUUCCGUCCCACCAACUCACAAGCCUAGGACAGGAGAGGACAGGACGGGGAUGGUUCUUUGUUCGAGCCUCGAGCCUUCUACGGAGUACGGAGUACCACUUGGGAGUUUCCUGGUGCGGAUCCCCAUCCUGCAAUCCUCACCCUGCCACGCCACUGGGUUCGGCGCUUGUGUGGGCGCGAGUACAUGCUCCCACAUUGAAGGUACUUCGCCGUGGUAUGGGUGUACUUUUUGUAGGGCUUGA